UUGAUAAAGUGCAGGUCUCAUGUGUCUCCUCUCUUCAUCACAGGGGACACCGGCCGAUGUGCUGUAUAAAGGAACCAUAACCCGUCUGAUCACAGAGGACAGCGUCAGCCGAGCUGAGAGGGAGCGAGAUGAGGCACCUUCUAAAGGCCAUGUGGUCUACGAGGGCGUCAGUGGGCACAUUGUCACUUACGACCGAGCAGCUUCUCAGACCCCUAAAGAUGAGGGCCGAGGCUCCGGGCAGCCUGGGGAAAUUCUUGGCCUAAAGCGUCCUUAUGAUGUUAUGGAGGGAGGCAUUUCUAGAGGACUACCUAUGAGGGAUUCACUGUCUUCUGCCAACUGUGAAGGUCUGAUUGGUCGAGCCAUGCCUCAUGAUAGGGACAGUCCACACCACACACCUUACAAGGAUUCACAUCACAUCCGUGGUUCCAUCUCACAAGGUAUACCUCGUCAUCUGGACCCUCAGGAUGGCUACCUGCGGAGGGAGGCUAAGCAGAUGAAGAGAGAGGGCUCACCUCCCCGUGGGCCCAGUUCUGACCCAAUGAAGGGCAGAGAGGGCAUGGUGCCCACAGUGAAGGAGGCUGGGCGCUCCAUCCACCUCAUUCCCAGGGAGGAGCUUAGACAGCCUACCAAGGAGGGAAUCAUAGCACAGGGAACACCCAUGAAGCAGGAGGCAGCUGGUUCAGGGAAACGUCAUGAUGUCCGCUCCAUCAUAGCCAGUUCACCACGUUCCUACCACAAUGCACCCUCCCACUUGGAGAUGCGUGCCGAGAGGGGCCGCUAUGAAGAAGCACCAAAAGGACGGCCCAGCGCUGUGGUCAGUACGGCUAGCUCUAUAGCCCGCUCUUCUCCUCUUACGCUGGGAUCGGACCAGGGAGGCAAGGCCCAUCAUAGUCCAGUGGGCUACGAUGACAAAGGCGGCUUAAGGAACGCCUACCCUGGGCCCUCGCAUCGUGGCUCCCCUCUGUCCAGGGAGGCAAGCCAAAGGCAGCAUGAUGGUUCCAGUAAGAAUCCGCCCCAGGAGCGUAAAGCCACACCAACUCCCAGGGAAAUGAGUGCUACCAAAUCGCCGCUCCCGGGUGUUGCAGAUCAACAGACUUAUGAGCGUCUGCUGGGUCUCGGAGCUGCAGACGUGUACCGUCAAAUCCCGUUAGCCUUCGAUCCUGCAGCGCUGCCCCGUGGCAUCCCCAUUGACCCAGCGACCUACUACUUGCAACGCCACCUAGCCCCCAACCCAGCGUACCCUCAUCCCUACCCCUACCUCAUCCGUGGCUUUCCUGACACUGCGGCCCUGGAGAACCGCCAGACGCUGCUCAAUGACUACAUCACUUCCCAGCAGAUGCACCAAUGGCCUGCAGCUGCUGCCAUGGCUGCCCAGCGGUCAGACCUGCUGAGGGGACUUACUCCAAGAGACCAGCCCCUUCCUCUGCCCUACUCUGCAGCCCCACGUGGGAUCAUCGAUCUUUCUCAGGUGCCACACUUACCUGUCCUGGUCCCUCCCUCUGCAGGGGCAGCCGGCUCCCCAAUGGAUCGCAUCACUUACAUCCCCGGGGGAAGCAGCACCUUCCCUGGCAGGCCUUACACCACCUCCCCCAUCUCACCUGUUGGGUCCUCGCACAUGAACAAGAUGCAAGGCACACCUUCAUCUUCGGAGCGUGAGCGUGAAAGAGACCGUGAACGUGACAGAGAGAGGGACCGGGAGAGAGACAGAGAGCGGGAGAGAGAGAGGGAGCGUGAACGGGACCGCGAGAGAGACCGUGAGAGAGAACGGGAACGAGACCGUGAAAGGGAUAGAGACCGGGAGAGAGACAGAGACAGAGAGCGUGACCGAGAGAAGGGCGGGUCUGUUGGAAAUGUUGAGCACGCCCCCAUCUGGCGACCAGGUACAGAGCACAGCUUGGCAAGCAGUAGCAGCAGCAGUGGUGUGAGACCUUCAUCCCAACCGUAUAGCCACCAGCACUCCCCGGUGUCCCCUCGCACUCAGGAGAACGUGCAGCAGAGGCCAAGUGUCCUGCACAACACUGGGGGCAAGAGUCUUUCUGUCAGCGAGCACCCCAACUCAUCUGUGUUUCGGUCCAUGUCUUCAGGCCCGGCCCGCUACCAAGGUUACCCUGGCCACCUCCAAAGGACAGGUGUGCCCCCUGAGGCCUACACACAUACCAUGGACCCAAGUUUAGCCAAAGAGCAGAGUCGUGAUGGAGGCAAAAACAGGGGAGGUCUGCCCAAGCAUGUGCAGGACCAGCACGGGCCCUCCAGUAAAUCUGACCCCAAGCUGUCAAGCCCAGGAGGAAUGUACCCAGGUUCCUAUUCCUCACCUUCAGGCCGGCCGCAACACCUACUGCCUCCCCAGUCGGAUAACCCUCCUGGCCGUGGAGAAAGCGGUACACCUAGUAGGGAAAAGACUCAAAACAAACAGAUGUCCAUUCAGGAACAAGAGCUCCGAGCACUCGCUCAACAGAAGAUGGAGCCACAUGGUUUGUACCGUCCUCCGUCUGUGGAGAGACAGUCUCCAGGGCAACAGCCGCCGUCCCCCUGUGUUAAAGGCAGCCAGAGGGUGGUCACCCUGGCACAGCACAUCAGCGAGGUGAUAACUAAAGACUACACCAGGCAGAGCCAGCAGCAGCAGCAGCAGCAACAACAACAACAACAACAGCAAAGCUACCAUGGCGAUCCUGUUCUGGACUUGACCCGUCCACCCAGUGCCUCCCAGCCCCCAUCGACCUCACAGGAGUCUGCCCAGGGGCCCCGGUAUCAGGAGAGCCUAGGUGGAGAACGCAACAGAGACCGGUCUCCUCCUCAGCCCAAGACGUCACCUGUCAGUGUUUCAAAUGAUGGCAUUGAACCAGUGUCCCCUGCUGGAGCAAUCUCUGAACCUGACGUCCAGGGAGGGGCCUCCUACCCCAACGAGCAGGGAGAGCAAGGAAUGGGCUCCCGUUCCCCUCCCAAUGCCUCCCAGCCUCCAGCUUUCUUCAGCAAGUUAACUGAGAACACCUCAGCUAUUGUGAAGUCAAAGAAGCAGGAAAUGAUCAAGAAGAUGACUGUGGUGGGAAAUGAGGGUGAUUUCAAUGCAGGUCAGCCAGGAACCGAGAUCUUUAAUAUGCCAGCUUCUACAACUGCAGGACCUGUGAGUGUCCGCUGCCACCCGGCUGCAGAGACACCUGGUAACUCAAUAGGCCUGGAGGCCAUUAUAAGAAAGGCUCUGAUGGGCAAAUAUGAUGAUCAGUCUGAAGAACGCUCUCCAUCCAACGCUGCUAACCCGAUGGGUUCCAGUGUGCCUGUAGCCGACGGACGUGCUGAGGACUUUUUCUCACAAGGUGGGGGAAAGUCCUCAAAGGGCGGCGGGCGCUCUAAUGGGAGGAAGGCCAAGUCUCCAGGACCAGGACUGUCAGGGGGGGAGAGACCGUCCUCUGUGUCCUCAGUCCACUCUGAGGGAGACUGCAACAGAAGAACUCCUCUUACCAACCGUGUCUGGGAGGAUCGGCCUUCAUCCACAGGUUCAACUCCAACUCCCUUCCCGUGUAACCCGUUGAUAAUGCGUUUCCCCAGCGGAACGGUGUCUGCUCCCUCCCCCUCUUCUGGCCAGCCGGGGGGCCAGGGCCAGGGGUUAGGACCUGGACAGGGCCGGUCCUGGGAAGAGGAGCCCAAGCCUCUUCUCAUGUCUCAAUACGAGACCCUGUCUGACAGCGAGUGACCUGAAAUACUGUCGUCAACCAACUCUGUGCUGCUGCAGCCACACACACACACACACACACACACACCUGCUGAGGCAUCUGCAAACCUACCCGCACCAUUCCACUCUGCAUUUCCUCCUUCAGUCGUCAAGAAAGGAUCAUUUCCUCCUUUCACACACCCGAGACGCCAAGCAGCGACGAGCUGGAACGCUGCUGCUCCACGUGUGCGUGUGUGUAUGUUUGCACUUACGUGUUAGGCAUUCACUCCAGGACUACUCUAAAGGACGAAUCACUUAUUUCUUUCCUUUUUUUUUUUACUUUACUACUUUUCCUCACUGGCCUUAUCAAUAUAGACGCAUCGAUCUGCACCUUUCGGGUGUACCGCUCUAAUGUGCCGACACUUGUAUGGAAGGGACUCUGAGGUUGUGUUGUUGGUCUGGUCAGGAGCCUGAUACUCUAGUGACACAUUAUGACCUCGGAUCUGACCUGAGAGCAGCGGCCCACACAGCGAGGACCUCCGCGUUUCUUCACGGUGACCUCCAGGUGCAGGCGGUCUGUGCACUGCUACCACCACGAGGAUAUGUGCGAGGGGACGGGAGGAGAAUCAACAUCAUGUUGUUCUUGUUUUGGUUCUAUUUUUUGCUCCUUUAAAUUCAGUCAGUCCAGUCCUGUGUUUUGAACGUGAGCUGAGACCUUUAGUACAUUUUGAUGGUGAACUUUUGAUGGUGUCAUUUGUCGUCUAUUAUCUGCAAUGAUGUAUCUUUUUUGGGGGC